CGGAGUGGUAACUGAAUAGUACUUGCAAUUCGUCGCUCAGACUGUGUGAGCCCGCUGUUGGCUGGUUGCCAUAAUUCUCCCACGUAACGCCACCUCGUUCGGUAACUUCUGUGCUGGCAUAUUGAGAGCUGGACGAACGGUCGACCCGGUAUUGAGAUACACUGAACGUCACGGCGAUGUGACAACCUGUUGAACCAUUUCUUCCGAAUUCCUUCUUUGUUAGUUUGUAGUAGUAACCGACGUAACAGUAGACAAUGGAUUGUUUACGGUUUACCACUGUUGUUCUGGCGAUGUGCACCCUUGUUGGAUUUGGCGAAUCGCGACACCAUUAUUUGUACAACACCAUUAAAAACUGUUCAGAAGAGACGCAGUACAUCGAUCUGUCGGCGCAGUCCGGUGUGAUUACUUUCAAUAUCUCAGUCGACACGCCCGAUGACACCGUACGGUGCGAGUACAACGUGACUGGUCCACGUGGUAGACGAUUCGCAAUUGAUGUCAGUAGCGAUGAGAUGGUGCUGAAUAAAGUGGGUGACGUUUGUGCUAGAGUUGACGUCAUAUUCGAAGAACCCAAAGUGUCGACCACACUGGUUCGCUACACUAAUACAUGUGCCAAUACUGACGAGGAGUUUAGAAAGGAGACCACGUCAUUUUAUAGCGAUAAUAAUUCAUUUCGCAUGUCCCUUGGUUCUGAGCCCAAUACGAUUGGACCGAUUGUAUUCACAUUGUCAUUCGUAGUUUUCAAAGACAAAUAUUCAGACGAUUGUUUUUAUUGUCGAGAUAUUGGAAACAUCACGAGCGUACCGAUGUGUAUUAAUACCGGUUUAUUGUGUGACGGUAUAAAGAACUGCCCUGGAGGAAGUGACGAGAACUAUAAAUACACAAAAAAAUAUGGCUGCCCGUUUGUGUGCGAUGGUGUAAGAUUACCUACCAACAGAAUAUGCAAUGGUGUUGAAGAAUGCUCUUCGGGAUUGGACGAAUCUAGUGAUUUCUGUAGCAAAAUAGUUCAUGAACCGUUCAGCCGAAUGAGUCUGUUUGACAAAGUUGUCUCUACGCUAUGCGCUAUUUUGGCUCUCUUUCUACUUAUCGUCUGCUGUGGAUGUUGCCUUUAUCGGAAACCACAACCAGCAAAACACGAAAAAACGUACAUUGUGAGAACUGUGCUUGCACCACCACCGAAACUGGAAAAGUACUCCCCGUCCGAGAAAGAAAUUGACACAAAGGAACUUGCUGACGAUCCAAUGGCCACAUCUGUUUGAACAUCGUGCAUCAUGAAAACCUCUUUCGAUUGGUCAUUGGUGACAUUGUUAUUUUUUAACCAACCACGAUAUUUUGUUAACGUCAUGGGAUUACGAAUCGGCUGCUAUGAAAAAUAGACUUAUUUAACAAAAUAUGGCUCACGACCUUGUUCAGCUUGAGUCGGAAUAUGUCAUUAUGCUAAUGAGCUUCACCGGCAUAACUAGGAAAAUAAUUUAACGUCUGUGUCUGAACGUUCAAUAUUAAAGCAGGAAGGUCGUCACCUGCGCACGCGCGGAAAUUGAGUUCCAAGCGACGAUAACAUGGGAAACAAAACGCAAAGGCUCAUGGGUAGACGCUUGUUUGUAAACUUUGACACUCUACGGGCACCUGACGCAUGCGUAGGU